AUGGGAAGUAAACUUCUUAAGCUCUCCGUUUUUUCUUCAGGUUCUAAUGGUACUAGUGAACAAAAGCUCAAAAGAAGCAUUUUGAUUCUCAAACCACUUUUAUCCUAUUAUAGAAGAUAUUGGUCGGCAGGUCCAAGGAGAUCCUGGGCUAUUCUCAAAUCAACCUCCACUGAUCCAUUCUCAAAAGUAGCAAUAAUGGGCCCCACUCGUGCUCUCCUGGCUGAUUUAGCAGGGUGGAUACGAAGUUUUGUAGCAGAUUACUUGAUAUGCAUAUCAUCGAUUUGGUGCUGCAAUUGCAUGGAUGCUAAUGGGUGCAUUGAUCUUGGUGGCCUUUUAAGGGUUACAGCAGGUUAUGGAACAAAAGUAUCGCUCUCUGUUGGAUCAGAUGGACAACCGGAUAUCAUCAAGGAGUGGCAGAUUGAGGAAAGGCACCUGAGAUUUGCAUCAAUGGUAUAUUUGGGUGAGCAGUAUGUGAACAACCCUACACUUUCUGAUGUAACUUUAAUGAUUGAAGGCAAAAGGUUUUAUGCUCACAUAAUCUGUUUGCUUGCUUCUUCUGAUGCAUUUCGGGCAAUGUUUGAUGGUGGUUAUAGGCAAGGGACACAAGAAAGAGAUCAUUCUUCAGAAAGGAUUGGUAUGUUCUCACGAAAGGUAUGGAAUUGUAGAAGGGUGAAUCUGAGGGUGCAUAGUGUAGUGAAGAAAGCACAUCUUGGCCUUGUUAUAGCCCUAUCCUUCUCUCAGGAUUCAAGAGCCCUGGUGUUUACAUCUCUUGAUUCAAGUGCAAGGCUUGCUUCAAGUGUUACAAAACAGAAAACAAACACUGAUAAGAACAUGUCAACCAUGUUUGAUGUGUUGAGAAGGAACAGAACUGUAAAGCUUGAAACUUUAGUCCUGAAAUGUAAACCCUGGUUGAUGAUUUGUCAAGAAUGUUCAGACUAUUUUCCAAAAAUACCCCAUGGAUUGGAUCCUGUCUAUAGUAUGUUUAAACAGGGUCUGCUAGAAGGAUUGGAGAUUGUAGUUAAGCUACUAUCUAAGACUUCACGCCAAGGACUUGAUGAAUUUAAGCUAGCAAUGUUUUACUUGAUUUGGACAUGA